CCUUGUCUAGGCGAGAGAGGGACUUGGAGACAGCCUGUAGCCACCAGGGCUGACCCUCGGCCACUCCUCCUCGGAGUCUGGGACUAGCAGUGUGGUGGCGCCUCCAGAUGAACUCUCUGUAAGAGAUGGGAGUGGCCUGGGAGCUCCUGUCUGCUCACUUCUUUGAAUCACUUUGAAGGCACUUGAACCUUGUACCUUCUUCUCCAUUCCUCCUGAAUAACCACCUGGAAACCUAAGUUUGUCUGUGGCACGUGCACCUACUGGCAGUGAUGGCAGCAGUAAUGCGGCGGGAUCAUUCCUGUGCAAGCUAGAGCUCAGGGUAGCCGUGUCAGGCUCCAGGAGUUUUGCCGGGAGCAGCUAAAGAGGAUGGACUCAUUUUGCAUUCUCAGGUCAGAAUAAACCCCAGCAUGGCCUUAGCCUGAAAACCUCUCCAUGUAUGAGAAACUGGAUGUGCUUGCAGAUGGUUAACCAGGGUCGGGAACAUGCUGUGCUGCAUGGUCAGACAGCAGGAGGACCCCUGCCCUGAGGACAAGGAAGCAAAGGGCAGCCCGAGGGACUCUGGCUACGACAGCCUGUCUGGAAGGCUCAGCAUCCUGGACCGGCUCCUGCACACACACCCUGUCUGGCUGCAGCUGGGCCUGAGCGAGGAGGAGGCAGCCGAGGUCCUGCAGGCGCAGCCACCUGGGAUCUUCCUGGUGCGCAAGUCCACCAAGAUGCAGAAGAAAGUGCUAUCCCUGCGCCUGCCCUGCGAGUUCGGAGCCCCACUUAGGGAGUUUGCCAUCAGGGAGAGUGCCUACACCUUUUCCCUGGAAGGCUCAGGAAUCAGCUUUGCAGAUUUAUUCCGGCUCAUUGCCUUCUACUGCAUCAGCAGGGAUGUCCUGCCAUUCACCUUGAAGUUGCCUUAUGCCAUUUCAACAGCCAAGACUGAGGCUCAGCUUGAAGAACUGGCCCAGCUGGGACUAAAUUUUUGGAGCUCCUCCGCUGACAGCAACCCCCCCAACCCUCCACCUCCCCAUAGGCCUCUCCACUCAGACGGCCUCUGUCCCGCCUCCUGGCGCCAGCUCUGCCUCAUCAACGGGGUGCAUGCCAUCAAGCCCAGGACGCCUUCGGAGCUGGAGUGCAGCCAGACCAACGGAGCCCUGUGCUUCAUUAACCCGCUCUUUCUGCAAGUGCACAGCCAGGACCUCAGGGCCUGCCCAAAGCGGCCAAGUUCAAGGACUCCCCCGGCGAAUGGCUCCGAGUGGCCUCGGUCCCCACCACCCAGGCCUCCGCCACCCACCAUUCAGAGUCUGCACACCAGCCCUCGGCUGUCCAGGAGUGACACCCGGCCGGGCAUGCCACAGACAGUCAGCCAGGACACGCAAGAGAACGUAGCCACGCUGGGAAGGAAACCAACCCCCAUCCCUCCACCCCGGCUGAAGAAGCAGGCUUCUUUCCUAGAGGCGGAGAGCAGCACCAAGACCUUGACGGCCCGGCUGCCUGGCCGGGGCUUGGAGCUGGAGCUGGAGCCGGGCACAGCUGGCAGCACAGGUGGGGCCCCGCCCACGGGGGAUUGCACAAGGGCCCAGCCUCCUCCCGCCUCUGCAGCCCGGCCCCCACGCCAUGGGGGCAGGCAGAGACUGAGCGACAUGAGCAUUUCCACUUCCUCCUCUGACUCGCUGGAGUUUGAGCGGAGCAUGCCGCUGGAUGGCUACGAGGGGGACACAAACAGCAGCCUGGAGGACUACGAGGGCGAGAGUGACCAGGAGACCAUGGCACCCCCCAUCAAGUCCAAGAAGAACAGGCACAGCUCCUUCGUGCUACCCAAGCUGGUCAAGUUGCAGCUUCGAAAGAUGAGCGGGGUGCUCAGCUCCUUCAUGACACCUGAGAAGCGCAUGGUGCGCCGGAUCGCAGAGCUGUCACGGGACAAGUGCACCUACUUUGGCUGCCUGGUGCAGGACUACGUGAGCUUCCUGCUGGAGAACCGUGAGUGCCACGUGUCCAGCACGGACAUGCUGCAGACCAUCCGGCAGUUCAUGACCCAGGUCAAGAACUACCUGGCCCAGAGCUCUGAGCUGGACCCCCCCAUCGAGUCGCUGAUCCCCGAGGACCAAAUCGACGUGGUGCUGGAGAAGGCCAUGCACAAGUGCAUCCUGAAGCCCCUUAAGGGACACGUGGAAGGCAUGCUGAGGGACUUCCACAUGGCUGAUGGCUCCUGGAAACAGCUGAAGGAGAACCUGCAGCUUGUGCGGCAACGGAACCCUCAGGAGCUGGGGGUCUUCGCCCCGACGCCUGACUUGGUGGAUGUGGAGAAGAUCAAGGUCAAGUUCAUGAUGAUGCAGAAGAUGUAUUCACCAGAGAAGAAGGUGAUGCUUCUGCUGCGGGUGUGCAAGCUCAUCUACACAGUCAUGGAGAACAACUCAGGGAGGAUGUAUGGUGCUGACGACUUCCUGCCGGUCCUGACCUAUGUCAUAGCUCAGUGUGACAUGCUGGAACUGGACAUUGAGAUCGAGUACAUGAUGGAGCUCCUGGACCCAUCACUGCUGCAUGGAGAAGGAGGCUACUACCUGACCAGUGCCUACGGAGCCCUGUCCCUGAUAAAGAACUUCCAGGAAGAGCAGGCGGCACGGUUGCUCAGCUCGGAAACAAGGGACACACUGAGGCAGUGGCACAAGCGGAGGACUGCCAACCGGACCAUCCCUUCUGUGGAUGACUUCCAGAAUUACCUCCGGGUAGCGUUCCAGGAGGUGGGCAGCGGCUGCACGGGCAAGACACUACUCGUGAGGCCCUACAUCACCACCGAGGAUGUUUGCCAGCUUUGUGCUGAGAAGUUUAAGGUGGAUGACCCCGAGGAGUACAGCCUCUUCCUCUUCGUGGAUGAAACAUGGCAGCAGCUGGCAGAGGACACUUAUCCUCAAAAAAUCAAGGCCGAGUUGCAUAGCCGGCCACAACCCCACGUCUUCCACUUCGUCUACAAGCGCAUCAAGAGCGAUCCUUAUGGUGUCAUUUUUCAGAACGGUGAUGAAGACCUCAGCCCUUCAUAGAGGGCACACUGGACUUCUGGUUGGUGCAACCCACAGGUUGCUGGGAGCCCAGCCUGCCUGCCAUGGGCUUGAGCUUGAAAGGCAGUCACCUCCUCGAGGACCCCCCGGGUCAGGGACUUAGCCAUCCACAGGCUGAUUUGACCAAGGGCAUCAUUAGCUGCAUUACCCAGGAAACAACCCAGCAGGAUUCUCCUUGGUAGUGGAGAAUCCUGUUUGAUGGUUCUAAGCUGGCUGAUAUGUAUGGGUACGUGCUGGGUGACACAUAAGGUACAUGCUCCUCUCUUACGUUCCAUAGCAGGUGUUUGACAAAACUGUCCAGUGCAGUGCGUCAGGUACUCCUCAGGUCUGUGGGUGGCUCCAUCUUUUCCUUCCUUUCUGUCUCUUUCUUCCUUCCUUUCUUUUCUUUUUUUUUUUUUUUUACAAAGAACUUUUGUGUUUUUAUAUAUUUCAUAGAAAAUUUUAUAGCAGUUGCAGGUAAACUGUCAGGAUGGUUUUUAAAAUAUUUUUAUAAUUUUAAAAUAUUCUAUAAUUAUGCAUGUGAUUUUAACAUUUAAUAUUCAAAAAGAAAUCUCUUGCUGGAUUUGAGAGUAUUGCCUUUUACAAGUCUCUCUUCUGUAACUGGAUGUUCAGGCAACUUUUAGGAGAGAGACAGCUGGAUUUCUUAAAGCAAUGUAAUUCCUGACACUGGCCACAGAAUGCCUUUGGAAAUUGAUGUACUGUCGUCACAUGUAGUGGUAUUGUGCUUGGCGUUUUGUGUUUUGUUUUGUUUAAACAGGUAAUGCUGAAAAUACGGAGAGAAAUGAAUGUAGAGAGAGGUAGAGAGAAAAAGACUCUGACAAAGGGCUGAGGAAUGUAGUCUGCUGGCUCAGGCUCUUUGAAGGAUGUAGGAAAGAGAGAAGGAACCUUAAACUAUGCUUAAAAUACUGUAAAUAUGCAAUGGGAUGUGGCGAAAAUCUAUUCCAUAUGUUUUCCACUUUUGGAAACAAUUUUGAAAGCCCCACAAGGAAAAAAAAAUCAAGGGUGACACUUUUUUCUCCAUUUCCAAUAAAUCAAAACUAACAGCAUCUAGUUAUUUUGGGCAGAGACCAAGUAGUGUAUAAUGUGGCUUUUGUUGCAUUCAGUAAGGUGCUGUUAAGAAAAGAGUGGGAAAAGCACCAUAAAACCCAUCUGUGUUAGAAUGCAGGGGCAAAGGGUUCGGCUCAGUUGGUUCCAACCCCAGCACUGCAAAAAAUAAAGUAGUAUGGUGAGGUUAGAUUUGUGUUUUAUAAAACCAACUUGCAUAGUGCACAGACUAGAGGGUCGCAUAUCAGUGUAAACCAGGUAGAGACAAAAACACGUUACUGUAACUGUCGGGAUGCAUCGUCCUGUAACUUGAUGGGUUUUGGACCUUUUACUUUUGCCAGUCCUGGCUUUUGUUGAGCAAGAACCUUCAGCACAUUCUGUGUUGUACUUCCUUUUGUAAAUGAUUUUUUAAAAUGGAAUUUGCACAUAAUACCUUGUAAUACUGUACGAUAAUCCUGUGUGAAAAUAAGUUUUGCAACAUUC